AUCGCUGCCGGGAUUGCAACCGUGUCGGCCACAAGGACGGGUACUGCCAGUGUGUGCGGUCGAAUCCAGGUAAAAAGCGUCGCGAGAAGUCCAGCCAGCCAGUGCACACCAGGGGGAUCUAGGUGAGACAGCUAGCUGUUCACCGCAACCGAAAGUUUGUGACCGUGGUGAUUAAUCACGUCGAGCUUCAACUCCAGUUGGACUGUGCUUCCGACAUCACCGUCCUCACGGAAGCCAGCUGGAACCGCAUCGGACGACCACCAAUGGAGCCACCGUCGCAGCAAGCUCGGACUGCUUCCGGACAGCCGCUGGACCUGAUCGGCGAGAUCGUCUGUGACGUCACGCUGAAAGGCCUCGACUUCAUCGAUCUCUUCAACCUGUGGGAUGUCCCCCUGAGCACGGUUUGCAACCUGGUGACGUCAUCGAAUGACAACGUGGAGUGGCUGAAAGCGUCGUUCCCGCAGCUGUUUUCCGACUCACUCGGAUGCUGCAAGAAGGCUGAAGUUAAACUUUACGUUUUGCCAGACGUUCAGCCAGUGUUCCGUGCCAAAAGACCCGUGCCGUUUGCCGCCCUGCAGCCGAUCCAAACCGAGCUAGAACGCCUCCAGAAGCUGGACAUCAUCUCGCCGGUGGAGUUUUCGGACUGGGCUGCCCCUAUCGUUGCCGUCAAGAAGAAGUCCGUCAACGGUGAGCCAAACAAAGUGCGAGUGUGCGCGGACUACUCGACUGGCCUAAACAGCCUCAUCCAGCCGAACCAACAUCCGCUGCCAUUGCCCGAGGAGAUUUUUGCCAAGCUUACGGGUAGCAAGAUCUUCACGCACAUCGACCUGUCGGACGCGUACCUGCAGGUGCCCGUCGAGAAGGAGUCCAGACAGUACCUGACGAUCAACACACAUCUGGGCCUGUUCGAGUUCAACCGCUUGUCGCCCGGUGUCAAGUCAGCCCCUGGCGCCUUCCAGAAGAUCGUCGAGUCGAUGGUCGCUGGCCUCGACGGAGUGGAGGUUUACCUCGACGAUGUGCUCGUCCAUGGCAGAACACCGGAAGAGCACCGCUCACGUUUGCUGAAGGUCCUGGAACGCAUCCAAGAGUGGGGUUUCACCCUGCGUAUCGAGAAGUGCUCGUUUUUCAUGCCGGAGAUCACCUAUUUGGGAUUCAUCGUCAAUAACCGAGGAAUCAGGCCGGACCCGUCCAAGACGUCCGCCAUAUGCAGCAUGCCACCGCCGCAUGACGUCAGCAGUUUGCGUUCUUUCCUCGGUGCGAUCAAUUUCUACGGAAAGUUUGUUCGCAACAUGCACGACCUCCGACACCCGCUCGAUGCCCUGCUGCGCAAGGAUGCCAAGUGGGAUUGGAACGAAACCUGCCAGGAGUCGUUCGAGCAAUUCAAGAACCUGCUCCGGUCGGACCUGCUUUUGGCGCACUACAACCCUGAGCUGGAAACUAUCGUCGCCGCUGACGCGUCCAACUACGGUGUCGGCGCGUGCUUAAUGCAUCGAUACGAUGACGGCUCGAUCAAGGUGGUGUGCCACGCGUCCCGGACGUUGACGUCUGCCGAGCAGAACUACGGUCAAGUUGAGAAGGAGGCUUUGGCGCUGAUCUUCGGUGUUACCAAGUUUCAUCGCUUCAUCUGGGGACGGAGGUUCACACUUCACACCGACCACAAGCCGCUGGUCGCCGUGUUCGGGUCCAAGAAGGGGAUACCGGUUCACACCUCCAACCGUCUUCAGCGAUGGGCGCUGAUCCUGCUGUCCUACGAGUUUGACAUCGAGCACAUCUCAACGCAAGACUUUGGCUAUGCUGACAUGCUCUCGAGACUGAUCGACGCGCGGAUCAAACCGGACGAGGAUUUUGUGAUCGCCGCAAUCCAGCUCGAGGACGAACUUGCAGCGGCCAUGGACGAAGCACUCAACAUCCUGCCAGUUACCUUCAAGCACCUACAAGUGGCCACAAGCAACGACAAGCUACUGCAAGACGUCAUCAAGCAUGUCCAAUCUCGCUGGCCCGGGGAUAUCAAGCUGGUCGAUGCUGAACUUCGCCCGUUCUACGCGCGAAAAGACGCUCUCUCCGUUGUUCAAGGGUGUCUCAUGCUGGCUGACCGCGUUGUCGUUCCCCAGCAGUACCAGCAGCAGGUGCUCAAGGCUCUCCAUCGAGGACACCCAGGUCAAGAACGCAUGAAGAAGGUGAUGCGAAGUCACGUGUACUGGCCAGGUGUGGAUCAAGACGUGGACGACUUCGUUCGUUCGUGUCACGCCUGCGCUGCGGUGGCCAAGGCCCCCACCAAAACUCUGCUGUCGUCGUGGCCCCUAGCAGAGCAUCCCUGGCAGCGCCUCCACGUGGAUUUCGCUGGUCCUGUCGAGGGUCACUACUUUCUGCUCCUGUUCAAGGAAUUCUGCGAAUCGCUCGGCAUCAUCCACAUCCGCACUGCCCCGUAUCAUCCCCAGUCAAACGGGCAGGCCGAAAGGUUUGUGGAUACGCUGAAAAGGAGUCUGAGGAAGAUCAUGCCAGGAGCUGGGCAUGACAUUGGACGUUCGCUGCAAAUCUUUUGUCAGCCUACCGUGCCACUCCUAACAAGUCAGCACCUGAUGGACUGUCACCUGCUGAAGUCUUGA